CCGCAGACUCUGGUCAUCUCCUGUACUGUGUCUGCAGUCUCUGGUCAUCUCCUGUACUGUGUCCGCAGUCUCUGGUCAUUCCCUGUACGGUGUCCGCAGACUCUGGUCAUUCCCUGUAAAAACCACAUGUACACCACCAAAAAGAUGGCCGCGGCGACACUUCCGGUUUGGCGUGCGUGCGUCUUGACGUCACUCUCUAACGCGUUUCGUCACUUCCGGACUUCAUCUGAAGGGAUCCCCUGUACUGUGUCCGCAGUCUCUGGUCAUCUCCUGUACUGUGUCCGCAGUCUCUGGUCAUUCCCUGUACUGUGCCCGCAGUCUCUGGUCAUUCCCUGUACUAUGUCUGCAGUCUCUGGUCAUCCCCUGUACUACGUCCGCAGU